GACACGCGACUUGGGUUCUGCUGACAAAACAAAAGGGGUGAAAUGAUGACUGUAAAACGCGUUGAUUUAAACGCGGCUCCUGUUGAGCGCAGUGACACGUGGAGGCACGGUGCGCUUUUCACCUCGCGCAAGUUUGUCUUGGCUCCGGGUGCGCGCGCUGACUAACCAGCCCUGACGCUCGAGCGCGGGAACAAAAGGAGCGCGAGCUGUGCCCAAACACACACGCACACGCGUGCCGGGGAAAAAAAAAAGAAAGAAAGGCCGAGUGAGAGAUUAUUAUGAGGUGCGAUGGCUUGGUGCGACCGUGCGGUUCAACUGCUCCUGGCCACCGUGGGCGCGUUCGUGGCGUUUAGCCUGAUGACCAUCGCUAUAGGCACGGACUACUGGCUGUACUCCAGAGCCUACAUCUGUAACGCGACCAAUAUGACAGCGGAUGACACGCAGUCUCAACCCAAGAAAACACGCGGCGAUCUCACGCACUCCGGGCUUUGGAGAAUCUGCUGUAUAGAAGGUCUCAACAAAGGAAGCUGUUACCGUAUCAAUCAUUUUCCAGACGACAACGACUAUGACACCGAUAGCUCAGAAUAUCUCCUACGUAUAGUACGUGCCUCCAGUGUGUUCCCCAUUCUCAGUACAGUUCUACUACUUCUAGGGGGGCUGUGUGUGGGAUUAGGACGGAUCUACAACAAGAGGAAUAACAUUUUGCUGAGUGCAGGGAUCCUGUUUGUGGCAGCAGGUUUGAGCAACAUCAUUGGGAUCAUCGUUUACAUCUCCAGCAACACUGGUGAUCCCAGUGACAAACGUGAUGAGGACAAGAAGAGCCAGUACAAUUACGGCUGGUCCUUCUACUUUGGGGCUCUCUCGUUCAUCGUUGCAGAGGCGGUUGCUGUCCUAGCUGUGAACAUCUACAUAGAAAAGAACAAAGAGGUGCACUUUCAAGCACGGCGAGAGUUUGUCAAGUCUACCUCGUCCUCCUCACCCUACUCACGCAUGUCCAGUUUCCGCUACAGGCGGCGACAUUCACGUUCCAGCUCGCGCUCCACAGAGGCGUCCCGUGAAGCCUCUCCCGUCGGAAUAAAGAUGGUGAGCUCUGUGCCGCUGGGUGAGAUCAACAUGUAUACACUAAGCAGAGACCCGCUGAAAUCGGGGACUGACAGCUCCUAUAGCCCUGAACAUGACUCUGGAUUCCUGCAGGUGCACAACUGUUUUCCCAAAGACCUGAACGACACCAUCAACAGGAGGACAACACCAGUAUGAGAGAACUUAACAACAGGAAGGUUAUAGAUAUACGAUGUACAGUAUUGGCCAUAGAACAUGGGAGCACCACUGAGGCCUAAUGGCUUAGUAGAAGCACUAGUUCAAUUAUUGCGAUGAAUCAACUACCUAAAAACUACUACCUUUGAUGAGGGAAUUUGAAUGUGCUUCAGCAACAGCAUUUAAUCCUUAAAUUUUGCUUUCACCUGUGUUUUGGCCCAAGAGUUUAAUCCUUGCAGUUUUAGUAAGAAAGGAUUCAAAAGAACUAGCUGUGGUAAAUCUGUAUAGCUAACUUCAUCCGUUUUACAACCAGUAUUUGAAUAGUGCAUUGUGGAAUUAUAUAAAGUGUGAAAUUUCAACAAACAAAUCCUCUGUCAUGGCAUGGAAGUCUGUUUACUGUAUGAGUCACCGAUGCAGUGGAGAUUCCAAAUUCACCAUUUUAAAUAUGACUCUCCAAAUAUAAAAUGGUGCUACAAGAAGUAGUCUCACAGGUUAAGCCUUUCUUUCUUGUGUAUUUUGUAUAUACUUGAACCCUGUAUUGCCUUGUCUGUGUCACAUGUCUGUAAACACAAUUGUCAUAACCUAAUCUGUGUGCCUCUCUGCUUGUCAGGAUCAGCGAUUUUAGCUGAUCAAAGCUGUAGGUAUUUUCACUGCAGAGCAUAAUGUGUUUUAAUUCUUUCUGUGAAACUAGAAAUAACCUAGCAUUACACACACUGAAACUACAGAAAGAUUUGGAUACGAAGGAGAAAAUACAAGGCAAGCACAAAUUAUUUCAGUACUGUGAAGCUUUAUAUUAUAUUUUUAAUUACAAUGUUGAUAAUGUGACAUCAGCUGUCAGUUGAAAACCAGCUGUGUUCUCUGUAUGAAACAAAUUGACGACGAAAGCUAUUUCACUGCCGUCGUCCUCGGUGACAAGGACCUCAAGAACCGGGGUCUCAAAUGUGGGUUAAACUGAAGUGAAUGCUGGUGGUGUUAUGAAUCAGAUCUGGGUGUAAUCUGAAAUGUGGCUGUGACUCUCCUCCAUGCAGGUUUAACACAGCCUUGAGUAAAUCUGAAUCGUGUGCUACUGGGACUGUGGCAUUGUGAAGGUCUGAAGAUAAACGCUGGGUUGAGAAAUGUCAGACAUCCAGAAGUGAAAGAGCCCGUCAGCAUUGAAAAGCAUUUCAAUGAUGCAGUCUGUUUUCCGAUAACAAUCUAAUACAACGAAGAAUGAAAGACUGCCAGCUGCAUCAACGAGGCCAAACCAGCUCUUCAUCUGUGUCUUAGUUCUUUGAGACUUAUGAUUGUAAUUCCUUUAAGAUCUGCGUACCAGCCAGAAACGUAAUUUGUCACGCUUUAUUUUCUCAAUAUAACAGCAUGUCUGUGCAACCUUUACUUUGUCAUUUAUGUUUACAAGGACAUUUAAUGUGGUGAGAGAAUACUGUAUAGCUUUCAGUCAAGUGCAUAUUGCUGAAUCACUCAUCAUGGAACAAAUCAUCUCAGUUACUUGUAUAUAUAACUACCUUCAUUUACUGACAUUUUUUACAUGAGCUUAGAACCAUGCCUCUGCAUAGCAUGGUGAAAGACUGGUCUUGAAUAUUGCCAUUUCCCAUCAUCCUUUGACUGUGCGUGCGCUACCUAUUAUAAUCAGAGUGGUUCCAAAAGCCUUUUUGGAGUUUUUGUGACAUAAUCACGAUUACAUGACUAUUACGCUCCGUCUUUCUCACAGACGACAUUUUCUCUAUUCAACUUCUUUCUUUUCUGGUGUUUUCAGUAUAACGCUCCCACU